UCGUUUUGUUCAAGACUAAUAGCAACAGAAUACUCUUACCUGAUUGGUUAAAGGUCAUAUGUUUUUUAUUUUUAUGUUUAUUAUUGUUUUUAAUUAACUUUUCAAACCAAUACCGCAGAAUUAAUGUUUGUUAUAAUAUUACCUCCCGGCAGUGUUAACCUUCUAAAUUGUAUUUACGACAUGGUUGAAAAAUGUAGAAUAUGUAUGAUAGACCACUCAAGAAAUAAAUGUAAGAGCAUAACAGAAAAACUAAAUGAGAAUACUAGUAGUAUUUUAGAAGCAAUAGUAACAAUAUCUUUAAUAGAGAUUUUAGAUAAUGACAUGCUACCACAAUUCAUCUGUGAUGAAUGUUUCACUACUUUAUUAAAAUGUCAUAAUUUUCGAAUAAAAAUUAUUUGCUCAGAUAAAGUUUUAAAAGAACAACUGAGUACUUACCCUGCUAAGAAAACCACUAGUCAUUAUAAUGCAAAUUCUCCUCAAAAUUUCUUAGUUGACAAAGAAAUAAAAUCAGAAUGUAAUAUAGGAUAUGAAGAGAAUAUUCCUACAGUUAAAGAAGCUUCAAAAAAAAUAGUUGAAAGAAAGAAAGCAAAGGUAAAAACAGCUAUAACAAUUGAUGGAAAACUGGAAUGUACAGAAUGUUUGAAAAGCUUUAAAAGGUUGAGCCAUUUGGAAGCCCACAAUGCCUAUAAACACUUGGAGAGAAAAUUUGAAUGCAAGCUUUGCCACAAAAAGUUUGCUAGAAAAUAUGACUUAUCUUAUCACAAUAGACUUCAUACCGGAGAAAGACCUUUUACAUGUGAAUUGUGUGGAAAAUCAUUUGCUUCGCCUGGUUAUUUUUUAAUACACAAGAAACUCCACAAAGGGGAUAAGAAAGCGAUUUGCACAAUCUGUCAGCAUAGAUUUAUAAAUACUGACCAGUUACAAAUUCAUACAAGGCAAAGACAUACAGGGGAAAGACCUUACAUGUGUGAGUUAUGUAGCCAUGCAUUUACUAGUAGCAGUGCCUUAUCGAGACACAAAAAUGAUGUGCAUAAUGAGAAAGUAAACUGUUCCAUUUGCAACAGAUUUUAUAGUAAAAGAGUAUUAAAAGAUCAUAUAAAAAGACAUAAAGAAAAAGAUGAUGGCGUUAAGAGGUACAUAUGUAGCCAAUGUGGUAAAGGAUUUACCUGUGCUACUAGCAGAAAGAGGCAUAUGGUCGUUCAUAGUGGUGAAAAACCUUUUAAAUGUGAGGUAUGUGAAAAAAGUUUUAAUCAAAGGUCCACCCUUCAGACUCAUAUGCGUAUACACUCACAAAUAAGGCCUUUUGGCUGUGAUAUUUGCAGUAAAAGUUUUAAGUUUAAACACCAUUUAAAAUUGCACUAUGAAAAAUUCCACAAAGGGGAAGAAUUUAUUGAAUAAAUUUAAAACAUUUAUUAUAAAUUUUAUUAGUUUGAAGAACUUACCGGGAUAUAAAGUUAUAGUCCUUUUACGAGUAUUAAAAAUAAUAGGAAUCUGUAGGUUUCUACAAACAACACAUUGCACUAUAUGUUCUGUUAACCCUUGUAUACUAUUUACGUUUUUUAUGUAAUUUUUUUUUAACCCUUUCAAGACAGAUUUUUAGUUUUUUCAUGAAAAGCAUAAUUUACAUAUUGAUUUCAUAUUUCAAAAGUAAAAGGUUCUUAGAGAUGUUUGUAAUUAUUUCAAAUUUUUUUUCAAACGCGUUAAUUUUUUUUAGUGUGCAUGGGACAUAUCGUCUCAUCAGUCCAUUCCGUUGGGACAAUAUGUCCCACCAGCUCUGAAAUAAAAGACAUACAUAAGUAGAACAAAUAGUUUUUAUCAAAAUAUUGCAUAAUUUCACAUAUGGAAAGGGGUAAAACAGUCAUUGCAUAGAGGCACACUACAUACCCUGCAAACAGUUCUUGUGCGUUUCUCCACCUUGGUUUGUGAACAUCUUAUACACCUUCUCCGUUUCUGCUCGACAAUCCGCAUAUGGUCGCCAACAUUUACCAUAGUUUUUUGUCGCUUUGAUGGUCGUCCGGUAGUUGAACGCCUCUUCACACCGGCUUUGCUUUUCCCUUGGUCAAUUAGGCUUUCGGCUAGGGCUAUCAAGAAUUCCGAAAAUGGUAUCUUCUUACGUCUAAUUUCAUUGUAAAUAAUGAAUGAGUUUACGGCUGUUAUCAUUAAAAAUUUGUAGAAAACUUUUUUCCACCACUUGGUAGACUUGCGGUCGAAUUCAUAAAGGCCAGCUAAAUGAUCGGUCAAAUCGACGCCUCCCAUAUACUUGUUGUAAAAGGAGAUUAUCUCGGGACAUUCGACAGUAAGUUUUUGGCCGUCCUUUUGUUUUCGGUCAACAAAUGUACGCUGAUCCCCAUGACAGUUACUAAUUGCCAAUACUUCUUUGGUAUCCUGCCAUCUAGUAAAGGUUAUCCCAUCAUUCGUGCAUAAAAAUGUUGCUUCACUUUUUUCUAAUUUAUCCUGACUUUUUGGUAUAUUUUUUUCGCGUACCAAUACAGGUUCCUACUGCAGCAUAUGACAGUGUUUUCAUCAAUGUCACCGAUGUAAAAAAUCGGUCGAAACAGAUCACAACAUCAGAUUUCAUUAUUGAGCUGGUGAGUUUUCUAACAACCCUUUCCCCUACUAUUCCAUCUGCUUGUCCAUCCUGCUUUCCACUAUAUACAUCGAGGUCAUAUACAUAACCGCUAAGAGAGUCGCUUCUUACCAAUAACUUUAUUCCUCGUUUGAUAGGCUUCAAUGGCAAAUACUGCUUUAGACUCGAUCUCCCUUUUGGAUAUUAGUAGUUUAUAACGGUCACGUGAUAUUGCAUUUUUUAUUGCAGUAUUACCCAUGGAGGUAUGCUUUGACCAAUAGCAACUCAAACUUGGAAGCGUGUUGUAAGCCAUUACAAUCAUAACACCAGUCAACAUCAUAAUUUCAGAAGGAUCAGUUUGCUUAACUUUUUUUUUAGUUUUAUUUCCAAAAUUGUUAAUCUUUCAUUAGUACACUGAGAUAUAAAUAUAAGUAUAUGUAUAAGCUUUUUGGAAAUAACUUUAGAAAAAUAUCAAUCUCCGUAGACUGACUAUUUAUAGAGCUCAAGAGAAUUUCGGUAUUCCUUGCAAUAGGAAGUUAUAUCCUUGGGGUAUAGUUAUAUAUAUAUAUUAUGUUGUCUGAUGUAGAUGAAGUUGAAGGCCCUGUUUGAGGACUUGCUGAUGCAUUUGGGAUGUCGGACAUAACUGUAUCUGGUAUAUUAUUAUCAAAAAAAUCCCCGUUACCUUCAGUCUCGAUGACGCUUUCAUCAGAACUUAAAGACUGGUUAUCGCCUUUAGAUGCAGACUCACUUUCGCAGGUCCAGUCUGGAUAUUCAUCCUCACUAUUGUGAUAGGGAUCAGUAUCGCUGUCUUUUUUCCACGGCGAUUGCCUCUAGCUCCUUUUGAGUUAAUUUUCCCUUACUCAUUCUGAAAAGAAAAAAAACAUGUUCACGCCUACUGGGAUAAAUAAUCCCACCAAAGUAGCCUGCUGGGAUAUAACGUCCCACGAAAAAAAAAUGAUUCAUAUUGCCUCAGCCAAAACGUUAAAUAUGAUGCUAACAUUAGACAUACUACUAUAGAGGUACUACAUGACACAGUAGGGUCAUGACCACAUGAAUUGUUUUAUUUGUAAACAAACAACGGCUAAAUGACCCUGGGCGUUAAAAAGACUGAACUGGCGUGAACCUUAUUUGGGAUCACAUUUCCCACUAGUCUAAAUCAAAUCUGCCUUGGGAUGUAUUGUCCCGUUAGUCUCGAAAGGGUUAACAAGAAAGUUCAUGUUCACAUUUCAUCCAGCACAUAUACAUCAGUGUACCAUCUGUGUUAAAUAAGUGAUCAUUUUUUUAGUUUGCAAACUAUUAAAACAUUGGCACUAGCUUUAGAAUUCAAUGUAUUAUAUACUGAGAGUUCAUACUUUUUUUUCGUUAAUUCUACAAUCAUUUUCUAAAAUUUAAAAAUCAUCAAGCUAGAGGCCUAUCUUUUUUAAAUAUUUCAUUAGGGUAGAAUGACUUAAUUUGUUUAUAUUUAUAUAUGCUUAAUACUUGCUUUAAUCAAGGUUAUUAUUAUUAAACGGAAAAUUUUGUAUACUAAGGUAGAUUGAGAUUAUAUUUUAAGAAUAACUAAAGAAACAUUUACUGUAAUUAUCAGUUUUAAUAUUACUUUAAAUAUGCGAGAACAAUUGUGCACGAAAAUCUAUUUUUAAUGUGACAUAGCUUUUACUUUCAAAAUGUUUCAUUCAAUUUUGAGCCUCAUAGGAAAGGUUUUAGGUAUGUCUAUAAAUAUUCUUGUACUUUAAAAAAUGCAAGUUUCAUUUUUUGUUUGAUUUGGGAUAAUCUAUUUGGGACUAUGGUUUUGUAGUAAGCUAUAAAUUUUGGUUUUUAAGUAGUCGUAAUUUAUUUUGUUUAAUUCGUGCACAAGACCAUAAUAGGUAACUAGCAUAACGUUAUUAGUGGUUAGUUGUAAAUGGUUUUUUCACAAUAACGAUAUAAUUAUGCCAAGAUAUUUUAUGGAUGAGUUUACAAAAAUAUACGGUAAUAUUUGUUGUGGGUCUGUUUAUUUCUUUUUCAUUCCACUAUAUCCUUAAGUGUCCAGUGUCCUAAAUUAAUAAUAUUCCCAAUUAUUUUUCAUGCCAAUCCAUGUUACGUAAAGCUAAUAGGAUAGGCAAUUUAAUUGAAACAUUUCAUUGUUUCUGAAAAUGUUUUGUAA